AUCUGAGUGUUCGAUUUAAUUCCGUUCGAAGAAAAAUCCUUUUAGCCAUUUCAUAUCUCCUCGUAAUGUACGCUUGCGACAUUCUGUAAUCACUUAGACAGACGUCACUUGUUCAAGUGGCAAAAUUAAUAACAUUUGCUUGGCAAUUAUCUUGUUGUUUUUCUUAUUCUAAAAACAAAACACAUUUUAACCAAAUAGAAGACAGACAUUAAGCUAUUAAGAUGUGAUAGUUUGCAAGAUAUUGGGCUUAUCAGUCCCACUGUAGAGUGACCUAUGGAACUAUCGUUAAAUUAUCGUAUUGUCACAAUGAACGAGCACUUCUAUCUAAGCUUAUCUCCCCUACAUAUAAACAAGCUGCUCAAAAAUAAACAAAUCAGGGAUUGAAACGACUGUCAUAGUUACAGUAACUCAACAACGGGCAAGAUGUCUCGCUUUGACGAUGAGAAAUUCAAGCAGCUCCAACUCAAAGUCAAAUUCCAUGUGAUUCCAAAUACGAGAUUGAAAAAAUUCAGCAAACUUUUCACUGGCUACACAUUGGGACUGACGAAGGGCGAGCCGGGCAAUUUCGUCAUGACUCCCAUGUACGCAGAAAAUGCCGACAAAAUUUACCGCAUGAAACCGAGGAGCGACGAUGUCUGGUUACUCACUUUCCCCAAAUGCGGUACAACAUGGACUUCUGAGUUGCUAUGGUUACUGAAAAAUGACUGCGACACGGAUACAGCCGCCAAAAUUCCGCUACACGCCAGAACUCCUUUUCUCGAGAUGGGUUAUUUGAGCGUAAUGGAGGGACCAAUGAAAAAAAUGAUCAUGACAGUUGACAAAGUGGAAAAGCUUCCAUCACCUAGAGUUAUCCGGCCGCAUUUGCCGAUGUACCUCCUCCCCCCAGAGCUGCUCGAAACGAGCAAGGUGGUUUACGUGGCUCGCAAUCCAAAGGAUGUCAUCGUUUCCUACUACUUCCAUCACAAAUUGAUCAAAUCGCACGGAUACACCGGGACUUUGGAAGAAUUGGCCGAAUAUUUUAUGAACGACGAAGUUUUAUAUUCGCCCUUUUUCCCGCACGUUCUCGACGCCUGGUCUAAACGCAACCAUCCCAACAUGCACUUUAUGUUCUACGAGGACAUGAAAAGGGAUUUGAGAGGGGAGAUUGAGAAAGUGGCGAAAUUCCAAUCGUUGACUGACGAGCAAUUGGAUAAGCUGAGGGAACACUUACGUUUUGAUAAUUUCCAGAAAAACGAGUCAGUCAACAACGAAUCGGCCAAGAAAUUUGGAGUCAUGAACGAAGACGGAAGAUUUAUUCGCAACGGCAAAACGGGCGACUGGAAAAAUCAUUUUAGCCCGGAAUUGAACAAACGAAUCGACGAAUGGGUUGCCCGUAAUUUGGAAGGCACCGACCUCAAGUUCGUAACAGAACUGGAACAUCAAGACUAACUUAUCAGCAAGCUUAAAAUUAUGCAAUCAGAAGGUCUUACGUGGGCUCUAUGUAUAAUUUCAAUCGUCCCAAGGGCAACAUUUCUCCCAACAGGGUUCGGCAACCUUGCGUAAUAAACGUGUGAAAGACUAGAAAGAUGGGAAAACAUUUUGUGUUGGAAAGUAGUAACAGGUAAAACUUGGAAAUUUUGCAUUCGCCAACCGUUUGAUUAUUUCCCACGUUUACACGACAUGAAUAAAUUUUGUCUCCUUAUCCCCUA